UUCGUUAUUACGUUCUCAAGCCGUUACAUAAAAUUUACUCUUAUUGCUUUUAAAGUCAAAAAUAGGCCACAAUAAGCAAGCUAAAAAACGCAAAAAUUUACAAAAUUUCCACUUCAAAUUUAAUUUUUGGGGAAUAAUGGGUGAACUGCAAGCAGGAACAUCGGCGUUUACGACGGAAAGCAAUUUUGAUAGUAAGCUUAAAAUCUGGAGUGGUGGCGAAAAGCGGAGUUUGUUUUCUGCCGACCUAUCCAUCGGACAGAUUAUCUUCCGGCAAAUGGAGAGCCAUCCAAAGCACAUUGCACAGAUUUCGGUCACGGAGGACACUGUGCUGACCUGGGAAGAGCUGCACAUGAACGCCAAGCGAGUGGCAGUUUAUAUGCGAAACUUGGGACUGGAGCAAGGCGACUUUGUAGGUGUCAUUGGCAGGCUCACCACUCACAUGACGGCUGUGGCAUAUGCCUGUUUCUUUAACGGAACCCCGUACCAUGCACUGCACACUGAAUUCGGGGAGUCUGAAAUUAAGAGACUGUUCAAAAUUAGCAAACCCAAACUGAUCUUUUGCGAUGGAGAUGAGUUUGAAAAGGUUCGAGCAGCCACCGAAGACCUCCAGGUACAAAUAAUUACCAUGCGCAAUCAUCCGGAGGGAUCGCUUCGGAUCCAGGAUAUUUUGAGAACUCCCGUGGGGCAGAACUUUCAGCCAGUUCGAUUGAAUGAGGGCUCUGAACAAACACUGGCCCUUCUAAGUUCUUCCGGCACCUCGGGACCUCCAAAGGCAGUCACGAUCAGCAAUAGUCACCAGAUUAUUGCAAGCUUUUUCCCCAUCAACAGCUCAUUUGUUGCCUAUAAUCGAAACACACUGGACUGGGCCUCGGGGAUUACGAUGACCAUCAAUGCUGCAGUGUUCAGUAUAACGAACAUUAUUGAGGACAGCGUCUUCAAUCCCGGCUCCUUGUGUCGCCUAAUUGAGAAGUACAAAGUCUCGUUCGUGUUUGUAAAUUCUUUCCAACUGACCAUGUUGGCCAACUGCCCGGAAUUUGAAUCGGCUGACCUGUCUUCUCUAAAAUACUUAAACUACGGUGGCUCAAAUUGUUCCCUCGAAGUUCAGAAUCAAGUACGCAAGCGGCUAGGCCGCAAUUGUCUUAAUUUUAGCUACACGCUGACCGAGUUAAACAGCCUCGGGUGUGUUAGCUUCAACUUUGACGAGAAGCCCAACUCAGUUGGACGCCCGGUAAGGGGCAUCCAGUUGAAAAUAAUCGACAAACAGGGCGUGGCUCAAGGACCCAACACCUUGGGUGAAAUCUGCUUUUAUAAUGGCCAAAAAUGGUGUGGCUACUACAAGAACCCAGAGGAAACUAAGAGAAUGCAGGACUCGCAAAACUGGUUUCACACCGGCGACCUGGGCUACAUGGACGAGGACGGAUAUCUGUUCAUCAUUGAUCGCCUAAAGGAUAUGCUUAAGUACCAGGACAUCAUAUACUAUCCCAGUGAGAUCGAAAAUGUCAUUGCCGAAAUGCCAAACGUGGUCGAGUCCUGUGUCUUUGGCCUAUGGGACCCAGUAAAUGGCGAUGAGGCAGCCGCCUCCGUGGAAAAACCGGGCACCCAACUGGAGGCCCACGAGGUUGUGGACUACGUGAAGAAACGGAUCACCGCCAAGUUUAAACAGCUGAACGGAGGCGCUUUGAUCGUAGAUCAAAUUGUUCGCAGUGGAAAUAGAAAAACAAACAGAGCAGCCACAAAAGCUGAGUAUAUAAAAAUCAUGAAGAAAAGCACGAUUUUAAAGCUCUUUCUAAAAAUGGGUGAACUGAAUGCAGGCAUCACGCCCUUGGAGACGGAAUGCACUUACGAUGAUGACCUCAAGACCUGGAGUGGCGGCGAAAGGCAGAGUUUAUUUUCUGCGGACUUGUCCAUCGGAGAGAUUAUCUUCCAUGAGAUGGAACGCCAUCCCAAACUCAUUGCCCAGAUUUCGGUUACGGAUGACGUAGUGCUGACCCGUGAGGAACUUUUUCUCAACGCGAAGCGUGUGGCCAGUUACAUGCGCAAUCUGGGUCUUGGACAAAAUGACAUCGUGGGAGUCAUGGGCAGACACACUACCCACUUGGCGGCUGUGGCCUAUGCCUGUUACUUCAACGGAACGCCCUUUCACGCCCUGCACAACGCCUAUGAACAGUCUACGAUCACGAAACUUUUUGGCAUCACCAAACCAAGAUUGAUCUUUUGCGACGGCGAUGAGUUUGAAAAGGUUCGAGCAGCCAGCCAAGGUCAUCAAGUAAAAAUAGUCACAAUGCGCAAUCAUCCAAGAUGCGACUCCAUUCGGAUCCAGGAUGUUUUGACAACACCCGUUGAGCCGAACUUCCGGCCCGUUCGAUUAACACUGGGCACUGACCAAACUUUGGCCAUUCUUAGUUCUUCCGGCACCACCGGAGUGCCCAAGGCAGUCACCAUCAGCAAUAGUCACCAGAUUAUUGUGACAUUUCUAAACAUGAACAACUCGAUCGUUCAGUAUACAUCUAGCACCUUGGACUGGUUCUCGGGACUCGUGAUGAACAUUACCGCAGGAGUGUUCAGUACAACCAACAUUAUUGCAGACGGAGACUUUGAUCCAGCCCUUUUGUGCAACAUAAUUAGGCAGUACAAGAUCUCGUUGGUGCUCUUAAGUUCCUCCUACAUUGCCAUGCUUGCCAACUGCCCGGAAUUCAAAACGGCUGAUCUAUCUUCCCUAAAGAACCUAUUCUACGGGGGUUCAAACUGUUCUCUGGAUGUUCAGAAAAGAGCGCGUAGCCGUCUGAGCCACGAUUGCCUAAACUUUUCUUAUACCCUGACUGAGUUGAACAGCGCCGGAUGCGUAAACUUUAAUUUUGAUCUAAAGCCCAACUCAGUGGGCCGUCCGGUUAGAGGCAUUAAGGUGAAAGUUAUCGACACAGAGGGUAAGGCUCAAGGACCUAAUAAUGUGGGAGAGAUCUGUUUUUAUAGUGGUCAAAAAUGGUAUGGGUACUAUGAGAGUCCAGAGGAAACAAGGCUGAUACAGGACUCCCAAAAAUGGUUUCAUACCGGAGACCUGGGCUACGUGGACGAGGACGGAUAUGUUUUCAUUAUUGAUCGCAUAAAGGAUAUGCUAAAGUACCAGAAUAUAAUGUACUAUCCCAGUGAGAUCGAAAAUGUCAUUGCCGAAAUGCCAGACGUGGUCGAGGCCUGUGUCUUUGGCAUUUGGGAUGAAGUGAAUGGAGAUGAAGCAGCUGCUUCUGUGGUCAAAAAACAAGGAUCUGAACUUAAGUCCCAGGAUGUUGUGGACUACGUUCGAAAACGUAUAAGCGCAAAAUACAAACAGUUGAACGGCGGGGCUUUAAUUGUGGAUCAAAUCACUGGUAUUGGGGACAGAAAAACCAACCGAGCAGCAGCAAAAGCUCAUUUCUUAAAACAUAUGAACAAUAACUAGAUGGAAUCAAUUUAAAUUUAUAAAUUCUUUUUGAAAUUGUAGCUCAAUUUUAAUUUAAUGAAAACUUUUAUAUAGCUCUAUGAAAAUUUUAAAAACACAACAACUAAUGCAACAAUACUCAUUUAAUCAACACCACAAAUGUUACCCAAAUUACAUUGAUAUAGAUAGCUAGAAAUUGAAUGUUAUGAAAUAAUGAAUUUAAAUAUGUCAACUAUUGCAUAAUUACUCAUUAAAUCAAUACCACCAA